GCAGCGCGGAGAAGGGCAGCGGAGCACAAGAGGCUCCCAGCCCACCAUGGAUCUCCUCGGAGCCGUCACCCUGUUCCUGGCCAUCGGCCUGUCCUGCCUCGUGCUCCUCUCCACCUGGCGGCAAAUGCAGGGCCGGGGGCAAAUGCCCCCAGGGCCCACCCCGCUGCCCCUCCUCGGGAACCUGCUGCAGGUCGAGCUCCGCAACAUGCGCAAGUCGCUGAUGAAGAUCAGCGAGCGCUACGGCCCCGUCUACACCCUCCACCUGGGCCCCCGGCGGGUGGUGGUGCUGUGCGGAUACCAGGCGGUGAAGGAGGCCCUGGUGGACCAGGCCGAGGCAUUCAGCGGGCGCGGGGAACAAGCCACCUUCGACUGGAUCGCCCAGGGCUACGGAGUGGCCUUCAGCAACGGGGAGCGGGCGAAGCAGCUGCGCCGGUUCUCCAUCACCACGCUGAGGAACUUCGGGGUGGGGAAGCGAGGCAUCGAGGAGCGGAUCCUGGAGGAGGCUCAUUUCCUGCUGGAAGCCUUGCGGGGCACGAAAGGUUUGCCCUUUGACCCCACCUACUUCCUGAGCCGCACGGUGUCCAACGUCAUCAGCUCCGUGGUCUUCGGGGACCGGUUCGACUACGAGGACAAGGAGUUCCUCUCCCUGCUCCACAUGAUCACCGAGAGCUUCCGCUUCACCGCCACGGACUGGGGGCAGCUCUACGAGAUGUUCUCGGGCACCAUGCGCUACCUGCCUGGCCCCCAGCGCGCAGCGUUCAAGCAGCUGGCGGGGCUGGAGAAGUUCAUCGAGAGGAAGGUGAAGGCGAACCAGGAGACCCUGGACCCCAGCGCCCCUCGGGAUUUCAUCGACUGCUUCCUGGUCAAAAUGCAGCAGGAAAAGGAAAAUCCUUCCUCUGAGUUUUUCCUGAAGAACAUUGUUCUGACCACGUUCAACAUCUUCUUCGCCGGGACGGAGACCAUCAGCACCACUCUGCGCUACGGCUUCCUGCUCCUGCUGAAAUACCCAGAGAUCGAAGAAAAGAUCCACGAGGAGAUCGACCGGGUGAUCGGGCGGAACCGCGCCCCGAGCAUGGAGGACCGGAGCCGCAUGCCCUACACCGACGCCGUCAUCCACGAGUUCCAGAGGUUCUGUGACGUCAUCCCCAUGGGCCUGGCGCGCCGGGUGACCAGGGACACCCAGUUCCGGGGAUACACUAUUCCCAAGGGGACAGAGGUGUACCCGAUGCUGGGAUCCGUGUUGUAUGACCCCACGCAGUUCAGCCGCCCCGACACCUUCGACCCCAGCCAUUUCUUGGAUGGGAACGGCCAGUUUAAGAAGAGCGACGCCUUCGUGCCCUUCUCAAUAGGGAAAAGGUAUUGUUUCGGGGAGAUGCUGGCGCGCAUGGAACUCUUCCUCUUCCUCACCAGCAUCCUGCAGAACUUCCGCUUCCGCUCCCCCGUGGAGCCCAAAGACAUCGACAUCUCCCCGAAGCUGGUCGGGUUCGCCACCCUGCCCCGCAGCUACGAGCUGUGCCUGGUCCCGCGCUAGCAGCCCCGCGGAGCCAGACGGGAUUUCUGGGGGCAGCCUUGGGGAGGGAGAAACACAAAGGAACCAGACCUUUAUUAGGUGGAGAACUGGCCC